GAAGGCUGCUGCGGGCAGCGGCGGGAGGGCCAGCGGAAAGCGAGGAAAGUUGUAUGCGCCGGGCGCAGGGCUGCGUGCUCCGGAGGGGCAGGAGGGCACCGCCAGCAUCAGCGGGUAGAAAGUAGGGUUGGAAAGCAGUUUCUGGGCUCGCUACAGGCGAAGCGCGUCCCAGGGAUGAAGGGGAACUGGGACAGUAACUCGGAAAAGUGAGUGGGAUUCUCAUUAUUUUCUUCCUUUUUUCCUCCAAAUUCAUAAGGACCUGUUUGAAAGGAAAGCAAAAGCUGCGGUGUGCACCCGCUGCCGAGAGAAAUACGGGAGACGAGGGCACUGCACACUGGCACCCCUGCCUGUGUUCGGCGAGGGUGGAGGGUCCUGUGUUCGGUUCUUCCCCAACACGAUCGUGUACCAAAGCAGCUGCACAUAGUAAACAGGUCCAUCAUGCGACGGAACGCAGGAAGGUGAGACAGAGCAGAAACUGAAAGGAAGAGGGGAAAAAAGACAAAACCCAACUAAACAACCCCCCCAACAACCCAGACUGUGACUGCGAAUUACUUCCAGAGAAAGUGGGUGGAUGUUGUGCGGCAGCGACUUGAGAUUUUAGGGAGUGCACCCUUACAUUUUGCUUCCCUCUACUCCGAGCCUUCUUUCUCCGGUGACAGAAGGCGGCUGUACUUGGUGAUAGGAAAACAGGAGGAGGAAUAAACGGGAGUGGUUCCUUCAGCAGUGCUUGUGAUGCCCUACUGAUCUGCUCUAAGGAUUUUUUUUUUCCCCUGGUGGAUAUUAAUUUCUUGACCUUGAUUUUGAGACCUUUUUAGUUGCAUCGCAGGAUUGGGUUUGUGUUUUUAUUUUCUUUGGCGAGGAGUGUAAAGGGGGAGGCUGGCUUCGGUGCUGAAAGUUGCGAUCGUUAUUAUUUUGGAACCAGCAUGUGCACUAACAUAGUCUACGAGUGGCUGAAGACCCUGCAGCUCCCCCAGUACGCGGAGUCCUUCGUCGAUAAUGGCUACGACGACCUGGAGGUCUGCAAGCAGAUCGGCGACCCAGACUUGGAUGCAAUCGGCGUUGCCGUGCCCCACCACCGGCGCCGGAUUCACGAGGCCGUGCAGCGGCUGAAGGAGGCGGACGAGAGGACGGUGGGGCUGUACUUCACCCUGGAGCCACAACCGCCGCCGCGGCCGGCGCCCCCGGUCGCCGGGCACUGCCCCCGCCGGGUGGCCGAGCAGGAGGAUCGGCGGGUGGGGGCCCCCCGGCACCGCCCCGGUGGCCGGCGGGGGGCGGCCGGCGGCGAGGGGCUGGUCGCCUACCCCAGGCUGAAGCUGAAGAUCAUGAUCCGAGACAAGCUCAUCCGCGACGGCAUCAACCUGAGUAAACCACCCUACUCCAACAAGGAUGGGUCACUGGGAAAUAUUGAUGACCUGGCACAGCAGUAUGCAGACUACUAUAACACUUGCUUCACGGAUGUGUGUGAGAGGAUGGAAGAGCUGCGCAAACGGAGGGUUUCCCAAGACCUUGAUAUGGAGAAACCUGAUGCCAGCCCCACAUCACUACAGCUGCGAUCUCAAAUUGAGGAGUCGCUUGGUCUCAGCAGCACUGCAUCAACACCUGACACUGAAAGAAAGCUCUCCAUUCAUAAAUCAAGUUCGGAAGAUGGCUCUGUAGACUGGAAAAAGAAAAAUAAGUUUUUUUGGCAGAAUUUCCGAAAGAACCAGAAAGGACUAAUGAGGCAAACUUCAAAAGGAGAAGAUGUCGGGUAUGUGGCCAGUGAGAUCACCAUGAGUGAUGAGGAACGGAUCCAGCUGAUGAUGAUGGUCAAAGAGAAGAUGAUCACUAUUGAGGAAGCACUUGCUAGGCUGAAGGAAUAUGAAGCACAGCACAGGCAAUCGAGCAGCGUAGAUGCUACAGAAUGGCCUGAUGGGUCUUACUCAACGUUUGAUGGGUCUUCCAAUUGUAAUUCAAGAGAACAAUCUGAUGAUGAAACAGAGGAGUCAGUGAAGUUUAAGAGGUUGCACAAGCUGGUGAAUUCUACUCGAAGAGUCAGGAAGAAACUCAUAAGAGUGGAAGAAAUGAAAAAACCCAGCACAGAAGGUGUGGAAGAGCACUCACUUGACAACUCUCCUAUACUGGAUGACAGAUCGGCACUUUACUCUGGAGUUCACAAGAAGCAAUUCUAUUUUGAUGGCUCCUGUGAAAAGCAGCCAGAGGACGACUCAGGCUCACUCACUACUUCUCCCUCAUCCAGCAGUCUCGAUAUAUGGGGAGCUAACCGGAAGCUGGUGAAGACCUUCAGCAAAACGGAGAGCCGUGGCCUUAUCAAGCCUCCCAAGAAACUGGGGACAUUUUUCUCUUACCCAGAAGAGGAGAAGACCCAGAAAGUUUGCCGCUCCUUGACAGAUGGGGAAAUGAAGAAGAGCCUUGGCUCACUGAGCCAUGGGGUAAGUACAGAAAGCAUUUGCUUUUAUGACAGCAACAGGCACAAGCACCAUCUUCUGGUGUCCCUGGAGGAGAUUCAGAGUGUAAGGAAGCAGAUCCGAUUGAAGAAAAUGGAUACUAACUAUUCCUGUUCCAGAGCUUUUCUUUGCCAGCGCCCUGCUAGGAAAGGAGCGUACCCUGCAGCUUGCGACCUACAAUUACUGCGUCACAAAACAAAAGGGGGUGGAGGUUGUGGCUUCCCAAACAGAAGGCUACGAGGGCGCACCUCUGUCAGCGAGUUCAAUAUUACCUAUGUGGUGGAGAGAAGCCUGUACAGUCACCUCAACCUCUCUCAGCUGGUGCGCCCCGUUACUGACAGGACCCUGAGCAAGGCCGACAAGCAGGACCUGAGGAGAUGCCUGCUGGAGGAGGAUGAGGAGGCCAAGAGGAAGUGGGCUGCCACAGUCGAUCGUUGUACUAAAAGGGUUCUCUUGAGAAUACACCAAAAGUCUAGAACCUGUAGCUUUGGAGGAUUUGACUUGACAAAUCGUUCCCUUCAUAUUGGAAAUAGUUCUGACCAAAUGGGCAAAGAAGGAGACUUUGUUUACAAAGAAGUGAUCAAAUCACCCUCUGCGUCCCGUAUCUCUCUGGGAAAAAAAGUGAAGUCUGUGAAAGAAACCAUGAAGAAAAGGAUGUCUAAAAAAUAUAGUAGCUCUCUCUCUGAGCAGGAGUCCAGCCCAGGGGUGAUGCCAGGUUCACCACAGUCACCACCACCAGACACUGACUCCCUGGACAAACCCAAGCUGAAAGCCGGUGGCUCAGUAGAGAGCCUGAGGAGUUCCUUGAGCGGUCAGAGCUCAAUGAGUGGUCAGACAGUGAGUACAACAGAUUCUUCAACCAGCAACAGAGAGAGUGUGAAAUCAGAAGAUGGAGAUGAUGAAGAGCCUCCUUACAGAGGACCUUUUUGUGGGAGAGCCAGGGUUCACACUGAUUUUACUCCAAGUCCUUACGAUACAGACUCUCUGAAGCUCAAGAAAGGUGACAUCAUUGAUAUAAUCAGCAAGCCUCCCAUGGGCACUUGGAUGGGUCUGUUGAACAACAAAGUUGGCACUUUCAAAUUUAUCUACGUGGAUGUGUUAAAUGAAGAGGAAGAGAAGCCAAAGCGGCCCACCAGGAGACGCCGGAAAAGCAGACCACCACAGCCCAAGUCAGUUGAGGAUCUCUUGGAUCGCAUCAACUUGAAGGAGCACAUGCCCACUUUUCUGUUCAAUGGUUACGAAGACCUGGAUACCUUUAAGCUUUUAGAAGAAGAAGAUUUGGAUGAACUGAAUAUCCGAGAUCCUGAGCACAGAGCUGUUCUCCUCACAGCAGUGGAACUUCUCCAGGAGUAUGAUAGUAACAGCGACCAGUCAGGAUCUCAGGAGAAACUUCUCUUUGAAGGUCAAGGCCUAACUCAAGGAUGCUCUCCUCGGGAUUCUGGCUGCUACGAAAGCAGUGAAAACCUGGAGAAUGGUAAAACUCGAAGAACCUGCCUUCUGCCCUCAAAAUCAGCAAGUGAGCACAGCUUUAAGGACUUCAGCAGAAACCAGCUAUCAAAUUAUCCUAUGCUUCCACUGACCAAGUCAAUAGACACUCUAGAACAAGAGGAGAAAGCAAGCCGUGCUCUGAAGAGCUCUGGCAAACCUCCAGCUGUUACAGGCCUGAAGAAGAACCGUAGAAGUUUACCAGUUGCUGUCUGUCGUAGCUAUGAAACUCUGGAUGGCCCCCAGGGUGUAGAUACAUGGCCAAGAUCUCACUCGCUGGAUGAUCUCCAGGGAGAAUCCCAUACUAAACUACGGGACACUAGCAAGGAGGCAGGUUCUUUUCCUCAGAAUUCACUGGAUAUAGCAAAAAAGGCAACUGCCUCUGCCCUGCUGCCUCAGUCCCAUGGAGGCAGCUGCAUGGUAGAUGAUUUGGUGGCUAAGCAGGUUAAAGGAGCUGCUAGUUCUCAGAAGGGAAGAGCCAUGGAAUUGGACUGCUCUGUAAAGGAGACUGCAGGUAGAAAGCCUGCUCCAUUGCCCCUGAAAAGCUGUGAAGCUCAGCCUGCCUUAGUGACCCAUCUUGCUACAAGGACACCUCUGGAAAUACAAAGUAAAGGUUUUCAUGACCUUGCACGGGCUGAUUAUGCUCCAGUCCUCAAGGGAGGUCUAGAAGCUGAGCCAAAAGGCACAAAUGAGGCAAGAAUGCAACCAAAAAAUCCUUCACAGCCACCACCUGUCCCUGCCAAAAAAUGCCGCGAACGCCUUUCUAAUGGAUUAUAUCAUCCUUCCAUGACUGUGAGUGGAAACCAUUCAAAUCUAGAAGCACCAUGUUUGCCAGUAAAAAAGACCAGCUCAUCAACUCCCAUUGAUUGUCACGGAGUGUCUGUCCAAAGGACACUUUCUGAACAGGAGCUCAGUGCUCCUCCUAGCCCACUGCCACCCUGGCUGUCGGAGCUCCCAGAGACUGCUAGUGUUCAGCAGCAUGUGAUAAAGCUGGGUCCUGCUUCAGUGAGGAAAGUCUCUUGUAGCAGAGGAAUGGAUCUGGAAAUGGUAAUAGAAAACAAGUUGCAGUCUGAAGACAUUGAUCUUACUGAAGAACCAUACUCUGACAAGCAUGGUCGCUGUGGCAUUCCUGAGGCUUUGGUACAGAGAUACUCUGAAGACUUAGACCAGCCUGAAAAGGAUGUUGCCACAAACAUGGACCAAAUCCGGGUAAAACAGCUGAGGAAGCAGCAUCGCAUGGCGAUUCCAAGCGGAGGGCUCACUGAAAUUUGCCGAAAACCUCUGUCCCCAGGACUUAUCACCUCUGUAUCUGACUGGCUGAUUUCCAUUGGUCUGCCUAUGUAUUCCAGCCUGCUCACAGAAGCAGGAUUCAACACACUGAGCAAAGUGCCUUCUCUGUCACAAACUUGCCUUCAAGAAGCUGGCAUCACAGAGGAAAGGCACAUAAGCAAGCUCCUGGCAGCAGCAAGACUCUUCAAACCUCUUGAUUCAGAGGCAAUUUAACCUUCUCUGUAGUGUGGUAUUGCCUGUUUGAGAAUCCACUGCUUCUUCCUGCACCAAUUUUCCUCUAACUGCUUCACAUAGGUAAAGGGGUCAAGGAAGUGGCUCCCAAAGACAGGCAGAUAUCAUCCUCAAAGGACAUGAAAUGUUUCUAUCACUGUUUUUGGCCACUGAAGGAGAAGGAACCACCAGGUAACAAUGAUGUGGUACUUCCCUCCCCCAUCCUGCCCUAUAAUACAUUCUUUUUCAUAAAGUGCACAGGGUUGGCCUGAGAAUGAGACAGUUUCACAGCAUUAAGAGACCCUUGCACAUUUUCCUCACGUUUGUGGAAGUGAUACACAGUAAUAGGCCUCGUUUCUAUGGAGAGUUCCUUAGAUUGGGCAUCUUCUGUACAUCUAGGUUCCAGGUCCCUGGAGUCAGUCCUCUAAAGACCAAGUACAAGCUAAGGUGCAAAUUCUAGUAGGAGGUUUUUGGCAGACACCUUUUGUUUAACAGUCAAGAUGUGAACGCAACCGUCCUCAGCCAUCUUCACUGUUGCUUGGUAUAGAUCCCAAUACGCCACAAAGCCUUUAGCUAGGCCAAGGAUAUUGAACUGGAAUUAGUCUUCAGUAUGGUCCACCUCUGUCACUCCAGUGCAACUAACCCAUGGAGAGUCAGAAAGCUUCUUUUUAUUUGUACAGAGCUGAAGUAAUUUUUAUAACUUUCUUGCAACCAGCUUUUUAUUUGCCUUAAAAUCAGAUUCUAAGCAGUUACCUAGUGCUCACUUACCUGUAUUCAUGUUUCCCAAGCCUUGUUUCAACCUGUCACCCUUAAGCUGCUCUUAGGGUGAUUUUCAGCUGACGUAGCUUCUAUAAAAUGCCUCAUCAUAACACCUUCUGUGUUGAAGGAGAUGCUUUUACUAAUGCAGGGUUAUGCUAGGUUUCAGUUGUCAGGCUAACUUCUUGUUCACUACAGUCUGCAUUUACUGUUAAUACUAAAUUGUUCCAAAAUAUAUUGCCUUGUAUAUAUGUAACUGCUUUUCAUUUUAAUCAUACUCUGUGUACUGUGUUAUAUUGUCAAUCAUUAUGCUGCAGCUUUGACUUGGUAUCCUGACCGUAUCGAUUCCAAACAGUGGGUUUCUGCAAAUCAGAAUUCACUUGUGGGGAGAUAAAAUGCAUCAAGAAAGCAAAUUGUGUCCCAUAGAAAUCAUCAGGUCCUGUGAAUUACACUGUGAUUUUACAGCAGUUGGCCACCCUCAUGACCAUGUUAACGUUACCUCUCAUUGGAAGACAGCAUUGUUCUAGCAUAUGUGGUGAACCAUUUUUGCAUGAUGUAAUGGUAUUUUUCUGCCUCAGUCCAUGUAAAAUGUUUCAUUUGCAUAUGUGGCUAAUGACAGAUUUUAUUUUUCUAUAUGGGUACACAUUUUCUAUACCAAAUACAAUACAGAUUAUCAUGAAUCACACAGAACUAGCUUUUUCUUUGGGAUCUAUAUAUGAUGUGUCUUUCAGCAUCGUGUAGCACAAACACUCCAUGGAAGACAGAGCAAGCUUACUCUGGCAGGUAAAGGGAGAUAGUCUAGAAACCUGAGCACAGACCAGGAUGUGUGACUGUUUCCAGUAUCAGUUCUAACAUCAACUUGCUGCAUAAAAUUAGACAAGGCACUUUACUGUUUGGUGCCUCACUUAUCCCCUCCUCAUACUGAGCUAAUGACACCUUUCCUUACAAAAUGCUUUCAGGUUGAUGAAAGAAAAAUUGUGGUUGCCCCAGAAUUCCGUACUGUAUACACGUUCCUUUCAUGGACAUGUUUUAAUUCACAUGAACUAUGCGUUUUACUACAGGUGAUAAUUCAUUUGGGCCCUUGUAGAAUUGGUGUGUGUUAGGUUUACUUCCUUUGCUUUGUAUUUCACCACAGUCUACUGCACACCAUUGUGUAAAGGCAACUGAUUCACUGAAGUAACUUGAGAUUGUUCCCAAGCAAAGUUCCUCUGGCUCUGUGUCUGUAAUGUUCACUGUAAUGUGUGGAUAAUGAGCAUGUUUUAACAUGGCAGCAUCAGGAAAUGUACAGUCUAGGUGUUUGCACAGCUGAUGAAAAUCUAAUAGGAGGGAAAAAAACACACAUUUGUUUUUAAAAAAGUGGCUUUUAACUAAUGAUGAUUUCUCUGUUGUCCCUCUCUGAGGCUUACAUGGUGACUGUCAGUAAGCAGGAGAUGGAAAGAGUAUUGAGAAUUCCUGGGAUUGUUGGCAAGGGCCAGAACUGAGUAGAAGUAAGUAGACAGCAGCUGUUUUGGGGCAAAGAUGAAGUCCAGGCUGGGUAUAUGUAAUAAAAAAGUAUACACAUUUCCUUGUGUUGCAGAAAAGGCAAAUCACAUAAUAAACCUCUCCCGUAUUAAUGACUUUCCCCUCUCAAUAACAGAAGGAGAAUUAUGGGAAUAAGAUGAGUCUGUGUGCCAAACACUCCCUGUAAAUCUGUAAUUUGGGAAUGAUUGUGUAAUCCAGGGAAACCAAAUCACACCCAUCGCAACUAGAGUGAGCAGUUUUAGAUUGUGGAGUUUAAUUUUUGCUUUGGUUUUAUUUUUAAAGGCUGUGCUCUGUGGUCUUACUUCAAUUAUCAUUUUAGUUUAUAUUUUAACCUAAAAGAGCCUUAAGCUUCGCAGUGUUUGAGCUUCCCUGCUGUUGUUUCAGUGACCUGUGGCAUUCCAUGAGCAGGUGAGGCAGAGCUGUACGAAAGCCAUAACCUCUUACAUUUUCUUGCUCUCAGCAAAACUUCACUCAUUAACUCUUGGGAAGCAUGAAAGAAACCUGCUGCUGGAAUUCUAAUCUGCUCUGCUCAGGCUAAUUAUGUUAAGCAUCUGUUCACGUACCCUUAUCAAUCAAACAGCUAUUUAGCAAUAGAAGCAGCAAACCCAAAAUAUUACCAAAUUGCUACCGUAAGUGUCAGCUUCGAUCGAUAGCCCUCUAAGUGACAGCGAUGCCUGUCCUUGCUGCGCUCGCUUAGGGGCACGGCUCUGAAUGCAAACUGGGAGAACGAUCAGAAGCGUUGAAUGUUGCAUCACUCAAAUAGGUCUUCAUCUGUAAGAGCAGCAAUAGUGGUCGAUUCACCAAGUCACGGCUGUACAGUUGUACUGUAUUAUUUUUUAGAAUAAAUAAUACUUUUGGUCCAAGAUACUUUUAUCUUUAAUUGACACCCUCUGGGGAAUCAAAACUGUCGAGCAAGUUAUGUAACAACUAACAAAGUUGCACUUUCUGUAUAUGAAAUCAAUAUUUAAAUAACUUAUUUUUCUCCAUUUGCUGUUCUUAAACGAUGUAAGUAGCUGUAAUAUACCAGUACUCAAAAUGUCCUGCAGUUUGCUUCAACCCAAGAAAGCUGUGUAUUGUAAAAAAAAAA